GGCCUCGUACCCGGAAGUUGUUGUCUUCGCCGCGAAAUAUCAACAGCUCAACUCUGAAGCGGUAGAAAUGUCGUUGAAAAUGUGUUUAAAUAAUAGUGUGUACAGGACUGAAGCGUGACAGCUGAGUGUAUAGAACGUUUGGUGUUAUGUGUGUAGUGUGGGGAGGCUGUCAUGCAGCGCAGUAAAGUGGCUGUGAGUGUGGAAGUGAAGCAGGUGAUCGGAACGCUAUGCAGACUGUUGGCGGCCACCGGCCUGGAGUCUGUGCCCGCACCGGAGAACUUCAGACGGGCUAAAUUCGGCGGUGGACCCGAGGUGGAGGAUCAGUUUUGGCAGCUCCUUGCCAACAUCCUUAAGGUAUCUGGCAUUGUUUCCUGUGAGGCUAGUACACAGCUAGGAGGAGCCACAGAGUGCAGGAAGCUGGUGGCUGCCGGCCUCUGGCAGACUGGCUACCAUGCUGACUGGAUGUAUGGGAGGGAGGAAGGAGAAGGAGGGGAGGGAGGGAGAUUCUUAAGCAGAGACCUCCUUCUGGCACUGGGCUGGCUGCUCGCUACAGGACAACUGGAGAAACUGCUGUCUAAGAGAGUACAGAAACUGGACAAAACACUCCUCUCACCUACACCUGUGAACCUUCAGCUUUCUAGUGAGCUCCAGUUAGACCCAGCAUGUCUGAGGAAACUUCAGUGGCUUGUUGGUUGUCGGAGACACCAGGGGCGGACCUUGCUGUCCAUGCAAGAAGAGCGAACUCGCCUACUCCACGCUGUUUUCUCUGCCAGCCUUCCCUCCUCUGUAUCUUCCCCCUCCUCUGGUCAAAGCUCCACAGUGCUAAGGAAGGACUGUGUUUGUAUGCGGCAGCUGUGUGACCUUCUAGAAGCUUAUCUGAGCUGGAAACAGGUGGAAAAAGUCUUCUGGACCUGGAUGGACAGUGUGAUGGAUUGCCAUCUGACAGAUCCUGGUGUCAAGAAGCCUACACAUGCACCCAAGGGGAGCGUAAGAGUGUGUCACCAUGGAAACCAGGGGCUCGAGAAAUUGGAGGAGAUGCUGUUAAGACUGCCUACAGGCCAGAAAGGACAAAGGAGAGGCAGAGAGGAUGCUGAGGACAGAGGAGAAGGAGAAGACAGGUUGCAGGGUGGAUGGGACACCUCCUGCCUCCCUCCUCUUCCCUCCUCUCUCCCCUGCCUACCCUCCUGCCCUGAUGUCUACCGAGCCAGGCUCCAGACUGAGAGGCCAGUCAGACACAGCAGCCACCCAGCAGAAGGGCCCUGCGGUGGGGCCGAGACUCCAGACGAGCUCCCAGCACCCCGGGCUGUGCAGCUGCUUCUUCAAACAGAGUCUCUGCUGCUGGAGAGGAGGGACCGGCAGAGACUGGCCAAUAGGAUGCAGCUGCAGGAGUUGAUUGGCAGGCUGGACGAACUGGUGUUGAUACCGCCAUAGACUUUUUUUGAUCCUCAAACUUCUGACAUAUAAAUUCAGAAUAAACAGAAUAUGGAUUUUCAUUUUAUAGUUUGCCAAAGAUUCACUUGACUUUCGGAUUAGAAACCAGGGGCCGUAUUCACAAAGCUUCCUAGUAUAAAGAGUUGCAUCUUAGACCUUAAAAGAGCUCCUAAGGUGAAAAACUGUUAGGAUGACUUUUAAGAUACCUAAAAAUUUCUUAAGCAAAGGAGAAAAUGGUAGAAACAGGUCAGAGGAAUAUUCUCCAAAUGCUGGAUGUCAGUGAGUAAAUGAAAUGCUACAGAAGAUCGUGCAGGGAUAAUAUUGGCGGUCGAUCUCAUUAGGGAUACACACACACAUUUCCCACUUAACGCUAUAAUUCCAGAAAUAAAAUAAUA